CGGUCAUAGAUUGAAAAGCGAAAGACAGCCCACGUGGCAUCAUCGUAACCGUCCCAUCUCCCGAUCUGAAUUAUCUGAUAGAGAGAGAUGUCUUAUGAUACAGAGGGUUACAGAGAGGCCCCACCAAUCUGAGCCAUCCGAUUUUCAAUUCUUCCUCGAGCCUUCCUUCUUCUUCUUCUUCUCCAAAAGGAAUUGAUUCAUCACUUUCUCUCUGCAUCUCUAGAAAACCAUGACAAGUUCUGCUGCUCCUUCUUGCAAGGCACUGAGCAAGAUCGCAUGUAAUCGGCUUCAGAAAGAGCUUAUAGAAUGGCAGAGGAAUCCACCCACAGGGUUCAAACACAAGGUCACCGAUAAUCUCCAGAGAUGGAUAAUUGAAGUUAUGGGAGCUCCAGGGACUCUGUACGCUAACGAUACGUAUCAGCUACAAGUUGAUUUCCCUGAGCAUUAUCCUAUGGAAUCGCCUCAAGUGAUUUUUCUGCCUCCAGCUCCUCUGCAUCCUCACAUUUACAGCAAUGGGCAUAUUUGCUUAGAUAUUCUCUAUGACUCGUGGUCUCCUGCCAUGACGGUGAGCUCUAUCUGCAUCAGUAUCCUCUCCAUGCUCUCAAGCUCGACGGAAAAGCAACGACCGACUGACAAUGACCGAUAUGUGAAGAAUUGUAAGAACGGAAGAUCUCCAAAGGAGACUCGAUGGUGGUUCCACGACGAUACAGUCUAAACCAUCCAUCAACCAUAAAUGUAUAAUAACCCGAAGCAGCCACGAGUAGGUUUGUUUAUUGUGUAAUUUUGAAAUUUUAACCGGGUUUAAAGAUGUCCUAAACCCAUUUCCAAGAAUCCGUUAUGUAAAAGAACAAAACAAUAAAAUUUGACUAAUUUGAAUCUUUCUACUCUA